AUGCUAUCGAUACCAUAUGCAUUCAACCAAAAGGAGAAUAAUGCACUCUACUCUAUUCAACAUUUCCAUCUUGUUGUAGCAGAUGUCGAUUUCAAUGUCAUUUUGGAAGACGAUUCCGUAGAUGGCCUCCUGAAAGGCUGGGGAUGGAUGAUGUGCCCACCCGGGCGAGAAAAGAGAAAGAUAGACUCUUCGACCGUGGUUCUCUAUUUGAAGGAAGUCCCUAGAGUUUUCGUCAGUCAAUCCCAGUUAGCUCUCCAGGGGGGUCACCCAGAGCGAGGGGCCUUAGCCAAGUCUUGCCGCUGUGAUCUUUUCUCGUGUUUUAGAAGCGGACUUCGGAGUCAGCAUGUUCACAGGCAGCCUAUCAGGAAUUGGAAAAGACUACCGACUUGGCCCUUGGAAGAUAAUAGUGGAUCCGAAGGAGCUCGCUCUUUGGAUCUCUCGCUUUCCUUUCUUAACCAGGCUCAAGGCGAAGUGAGCCAAGCUGGAGUUCUUCUCACUGUUCGAGUGAGCCGGGUAAGCAAGCAAGCCAAAGGCGACCCUAAGAGUUGCACAUAUAUGGAGGGGCGACUCAAAUCUGCCUUCUAUAAAGGUGGGAGAAAACAAAAGCAUAGAAAUAAAAGAAAAUUGAAAUACGAAAGAUUCCUGUGA